CAGUCAUAAUCAAAGAACUUCUAGCAAUGGUUUCUCUUCCUGCUCCCACACUAUUUUCUUUCGGGUUCUUUGAAGAUCUGUCCUUCUCAUCCAGUUUGGCAAUGUCAUCCGAAGCCAUGAGGUUAAAAACUUAUUGCUUGGAGUUUUACUUUUAUAUGCAGAUGAAUAUUGGCAGAACCAUCCAGAGCUACAUGACAUCCCUAUCUACUAUGCCUCAUCCCUGGCAAAAAAAUGUAUGGCUGUAUACCAAACCUAUGUCAACGCAAUGAAUGAGAAAAUUCGCAAACAGAUCAGUAUUAACAACCCUUUUGUCUUCAAACACAUCAGCAACUUAAAGAGCAUGGACCAUUUUGAUGACAUUGGUCCAAGUGUAGUGAUGGCUUCUCCGGGUAUGAUGCAGAGUGGUUUGUCCCGAGAACUGUUUGAAAGCUGGUGCACCGAUAAGAGGAAUGGUGUCAUUAUUGCUGGUUACUGUGUUGAAGGCACACUUGCAAAGCAUAUUAUGUCAGAGCCUGAGGAGGUAACUACCAUGUCUGGACAGAAAUUACCAUUGAAGAUGUCAGUUGAUUACAUCUCGUUCUCUGCACAUACAGAUUAUCAGCAGACCAGUGAAUUUAUCCGUGCAUUGAAACCACCACAUGUGUUGCUUGUCCAUGGUGAACAGAACGAAAUGGCCAGGCUGAAGGCAGCGCUUAUCCGAGAAUAUGAAGAUAACGAUGAAGUUCAUAUUGAAGUUCACAAUCCACGCAACACUGAAGCUGUGACAUUAUACUUCAGAGGCGAAAAGCUGGCCAAAGUGAUGGGCUCCUUGGCAGAUAAAAAGGCAGAUCAAGGUCAAAGGAUCUCAGGAAUACUUGUAAAAAGAAACUUCAACUAUCACAUACUUAUUCCAUCUGACCUAUCCAAUUAUACUGAUUUGGCAAUGAGCACGGUGACACAGACACAGGCCAUUCAGUACUCAGGAUCUUUCAUGCUCCUGGCACAACACCUUCAGAUCAUUGCAGAUGAUGUGGAAGAAAUCGAAGUUCAGGAAAAGCCAGCACUGAGAGUCUUCAAAGCUAUCACACUGGUUCAAGAACCAGGCAUGGUUGUGCUGGAGUGGGUGGCAAAUCCAUUAAAUGACAUGUAUGCAGAUGCAGUGAUGACAGUGAUUCUGGAAGUGCAGUCAAACCCUAAAGCACAGAAAGUUGUGCAGCAAAACUCAAGCAAAAAAUUUGACAAAGAAAUGUAUGCAAAGAGGCUAGAGAUUAUGCUCGAAGAUAUGUUUGGACAAGAAUGUGUGACUAAAUCUAAAACUAGCAAUACACUGUCUGUAACCGUUGAUGGCAAGGCAGCAAAUAUUUCUCUGGAUACACGGGUGGUUGUGUGCGAAGAGGGUAGUGUGGAGGAUGAACCACUUCGAGAAAUGGUAGAAGUGGCAGUACAGCGGCUUUAUGAAACAAUGCACCCAGCACUCUUCUGAAAUUGUGAAAAACAGUAAUAAAUGUGAAGAGUAGUCCAGUUGUAUUAUUUUCAGAUUGUAGGAAGUAGUGUUUUAAUGACAUCCUGUUUUUGUUCUGUUAAACAUAUAAGUAAAUUCUACAAAUGAUCUAAUUUAGUUUUUUAUUCAUUCAUGGCAUGUGUGCCUCACUUGCAAGGCCUGUAUUUAUUGCCUAGUCCUAAUCAUUCUCAAAGGUGGAACCCUGCAGUCGUGGUGAUGAUGAUGAAUUUGGAUUUUGAUGAAACUAUAUUCAUUGUCAUUGAAAUUCAAAGUCAGAAAAGUGUACGUUUUGCAGUGGGAAAAUACUGAAAAUACGAAUUUUGUGAUAACCUUCAACAAACUUAAACAAAUACGUGAGUAUAUCUAACAGUUUGACAGAAAGAAUUAUUGUGUUCCUGAAAAAACAUGCUCUUUGCUGUCUGUCUUGGUUGGCAAGAUGGUAAAUAAUAAAUGUCAUAAUCUUAUCAGAUAAGUAAUGUGUCUGUUGAGUGCAAAAAAUUACUGCAGUUUUUAUUAAAAUAAAGAUUUUACAUUUU